UCGUAACCGGAAACAGGAACUCUUCUGACGUAGCAAGUGGGAAAUUCAAAUUUUAAAACAUGUUCGAAUGAAAGAUGCUUUGGCAGUUUUAAUUUUAUAUCACAUUAUAAACAUAUGCAAUUGCGAGUAACAGAGUAAACUAUUGACUCUUUUUUUAAUUACAUUCAAACAUUUUUUAUUGUUUUGAACUCGCUUAUAUCGGCGUUUUAAAGUGAAUCAUUGGAGCACAGCUGAAACCAAUCGAGAGCAUUAAAAAAAAAAAAGAGAGAGAGAGAUUUUCUAAAGAUAGUGAUCCCGCAUUGACAGAGUGAAAAGUGUAAGUGUCCUCAGCAUGCCUCAAGACAGCACUUCUGAACUUCUCAAGCACUAUGAGGUUUAUGAAACCAUUGGCUCAGGUGGGUUUGCCAAAGUCAAACUUGGUAGACACAUACUGACAGGAGAGAAAGUGGCCAUUAAAAUAAUGGAAAAGAAAGACCUAGGGGAUGAUCUGCCCCGAGUUAAGAUAGAGAUUGAGGCUAUGAAGAACCUCAGUCAUCAAAACGUGUGUCGUCUCUACCAUGUCAUUGAGACGUCAAGCAAGAUCUACAUGGUGCUUGAGUACUGUCCUGGAGGAGAACUGUUUGAUUACAUCAUUGCUAAAGACCGGUUAUCAGAGGAAGAGACCCGAGUGUUUUUCCAUCAGAUCAUCUCUGCGAUGGCCUAUGUUCAUAGCCAGGGUUAUGCCCACCGAGACCUCAAACCGGAAAACCUGCUGAUCGAUGAAGAUCAUAACCUAAAACUCAUUGACUUUGGUCUUUGUGCCAAACCAAAGGGCGGUUUGGGUUUUGAAUUGCUGACCUGCUGUGGCAGUCCAGCAUACGCGGCUCCAGAGCUCAUUCAGGGCAAGGCUUACAUCGGCUCUGAGGCUGAUGUGUGGAGUAUGGGUGUGUUGCUUUACGCUCUACUGUGUGGUUUUCUACCCUUUGAUGAUGACAAUUGUAUGGUCCUCUACAGAAAAAUUACAAGAGGCAAAUAUAGCAACCCGCACUGGCUUUCACCUGCUAGCAUUCUGCUUCUAAACCAGAUGAUGCAGGUGGACCCAAAGAGGCGUUUGACCGUGAAACAGUUGCUUGAUCACCCUUGGGUUAUGAAGGGAUACAGCACACCAGUGGAGUGGCACAGUAAACAUCCCUUGGGUCAUAUAGAUGAAGACUGUAUCACUGAAAUGGCAGUGACUUCUAAACAAUCCAGACAACUCACAAUCCAACUUGUGUCAGAGUGGAAGUAUGAUCAAAUGACUGCCACCUACCUUUUACUGCUGGCUAAAAAGCGGCAAGGCCGUCCUGUGCGUCUGAGAGCAGAAUGCCCCGUGAUUGACCGCAUGUACUCUCCUCUACAGGACAUACAACUGAAGAAGAGUCAACGCUUCAGUGAGGAUGAUGAUGGUGUUCACCCAGUGGUGCUUGGCUCUAUGGUCUUCACUCCUGAUUGCUACGAUGACGAGAAUCCCUGGACCCCUCUCACACCCAAGAACACACACACCACAAACAUUCCACGCAUGAUGUUCACCUCUGAAACAUCAGAGAAGAAGCGGAAUGAAAUGGGCUACUCCCCCAUCACAGAGCAAGGGAGACCCCGUCGACAGAAGCCAGAGAGACGUGAGAGAACCAGAGAAAAUAAAGAGAAUCUUGCUGUGACAGCUACAGAUGGAGAUGUUUUUGCUCUGCCUGCUCCCCGAACUCCGAUGAGCAGCAGAAAGACCAAAUCCAACAGAAAUGUAGCGACAACACCCAACAACAACAUCACUACCACCAGCAGCGAUGCAAACAAAGGAGCAGGCAGUGCCACUAAAGAAGUGUCCCGCAGGAGAGAGAUGGACCAACAGCAGAGCGGGCAACAAGGAGAACUGGAUAUACUGGCUUUCAGCCCCGAGAGAAGGUCUCGAUCUCUGGACCUGGCUGGCUGUCAGGUGGACAGUGGGCAGAAGCGGAAGGGAGGUAAAGUGUUUGGCAGUCUGGAGAGAGGCCUGGAUAAAGUCAUUACAAUGCUCACACCCAGCAAAAAGAGAGGACCUCGAGAUGGACCACGCAAAAUUAAGAAUGUGGACUUUGUUCAGAAGGGCUAUACUCUGAAGUGCCACACACAGUCAGACUUUGGAAAGGUGACCAUGCAGUUCGAGCUGGAGGUUUGUAUCCUGCAGAAGCCUGAGGUGGUCGGGAUCCGUCGACAGCGGCUCAAAGGUGACGCCUGGGUGUAUAAACACCUGGUAGAGGACAUCCUCUCCACCUCCAGCAUCUGAUGUCGCUCUUGUUUGCCCACCUGAGUUUAAUGGGGUAGAUGGAGUCUGUUUGAUGUCCAUUACAGAAUAACCUCCAGUUCUACUUUAUAUUUCAUUUGACCAUGUCCAUUAGUCUUUGGCAUGUGCAGGAGGUGGUACAGUAUUAUUUUGUCAUGUUCUGCCCUUGAUAGAAAUGCAGAUAUUUUUGUCACUUUAUACUGUGCAUCCUUCUAAUUUAGCAAUAAGCAGUACUCGUAUAGCAUUAUGGCAGCGAUUGCAUCUUAUUUGUCUUUUGUUUUUAUGU